AUGACACACAUAUAAAAAUCUUUGUGUGUAGUUAGUAGGAGAAUAUACACCUUAAACCUUAUGUUAACAAUAAAAGGUCGCAGUAUAACCCUUGGACACCCAACGAACAAAACAGUAUAUUCUGAUGACAUUAUUAGUGCGAUCUAUUGUCAAUAUGGAAUAACUACACUCCUAAUUGCUCCUUAAGAACUAACUCAAAUGAGAACAGGAAACAAUAAUCUACAGGAAUCAUUCAUUCGGUUUAAACUUUAAGUAAACGUGGUAGAACAAGCCGUUUGAAGAGAGAUGUACAGUGCUGAUCUUUCUUCAUGUUGUUUUUGUUUUGAUUUAAGAAUUGGGGUUCUGGUUAUUGCAUUCAUCCAUAUUAUAUUGUGUGCUCAACAAUUUUGUUAUGGUGUGACCCUAAGCACUGUUUAUAUACCAGAAAAAUCAAUCAUAUCCAGUGAACUUAUAUACAUUCUUUACAUGCAUAUAACUCUACAGGGUUGUCAACUGUUGUGUAGCAUAGCAGGAUUAUUUUCUAUCACCGUCCAACAGCAGAAAUACCAAAAAUACAUUUUCAUAUGGGCGUGUGUUACAAUCGUGAAUUGUUUAUACCAACUCAGUGUAUCACUUUAUGUCAUACUGGCGACGAAACUUCAAGACUUCAAUACCUUCAUAAUCAUAAUAUCAAGUAUCUACAUCCUAUCAAAUCUAUGUUUUAGUGUAAAUAUAUACAAAUAUUUUAAACUUGCUAGAAAAGGUUGUUUUGAUCGUUCGUUUCGACUUGAAACAAGACGAGACGCAUCAUUCUCGUUAAUGCAUACUGAUUAUGAUUUUGAUCGCAGAAGACGAAGCUCUGAACCAUCCAUUAUGAUGCCGUGUAGUCCAACACCAACUCCUAGCUAUCCUUUGCUAGCCAUCUUGGAGAAGAAGAACGAAAACUUUGCAAGUAGCAGCUCUAUAGAAAGUCUUCAUGGUUUAGUUUCUGUUUGAAUGGUUGGAAAGAAGAAAAAAUUUGACAACCUCGUCUCAUUAAUAUUGCUAUUCACGUGCAUUGUGGGUCGUAACGCCUGGGGAUGAAGUUUUAUUCCCGCCAAAUAUAACAUAAUUUUAUGAAAUUUAUUUGCAACAACGGGUGCAUCAGAAUCAAGUCGCUCUUUUUGUAUACUUCAUAUAUGUGUAAGACCCGAAUACUAUCAAGAAGAAAGAAAAAAGUUACUUCAAAAACACAUUUUAUUGAUUUUUAUUUUUUUGAAAAUAAGUACAGUUUUUCUAAAAUUAUAGGAUUGAUGUUAGCUGUCCCGAUUAAAUUUCCUGGUCCUAUGCAAAUCUAAGGCUAUUGUUGAAGCAAAUCUUAAUAUUUCUUUGAUAUAUGAAAAAUAAUUAAUCAGCGAGAAUUUUGUGAGUAGUUUUUGCUAUGUUAUGUUGUUGUCGUCUCGUUGCCGUCGCCGCCGCCAGUGUUUGUGUUAUUUUUUCUGCUUUGGUUUCCAUUCAUUUUGUGAGUCAUAGCUUCAGUAAACAAUGUUUGGCAAGCUACUGUAAACAUUCUUCAAAAACGUCUGCCAGCAUUCUUUCACUUCUUUUGCGUAAUUAACUUGUGGUUAGUGUUUUUACAAAAACAUUUAACGUUUUCCUGAUAUAUUUAAUUAGUUAUUCGUCAUAAAUACGAAACACCUACUGUUGCGCCAAAUAGAAUGCGAAUGACCUGAUAACCCCUCUGUUACGUUAACGUCAUGACUAAAAAAGACCAGUGACCCAUGUGCCUCUUCGCCCCAACCUCGAUCCAGGAGCUGCAGCGUUUUUUUUAUAUAAGGAUAA